AUGUCAAAGAAGAAAACGAAAAAGAAGGAACGGAAAUCAGAUGUACGAAAGGUUAUAACGACGACGGCACCCUCUAGGCCAUUUGGUCUACCAUUAUCCAAUGAUCCGGCUAAUCCUACAGCUUUCGAAUUAUUCUUGGAAGAGCACAAAGAUUCGAUUACAAGAGAGACAGUCAACGGUCUUGAGGAUUUUAAAAGGGAGCCGGGUAUUCAUAUAGAUAUUCAUACCCUAGAUUCAGCCAAGAAGUUUAUACCCCAAUUAGAUGAUGGAAUUGAAGAUGAGCCUGGUAUAGCUGUACUCAGGAGUAGACACGGGUCUUGCUUGAUUUUCGAGGAAGCCUUAGAGAUUUUUGUACAAUAUUGUCCUCAUGAUGCCGAGGCUACGGUGGCAGGUGUUUUAGUGGAAAGGUUUUUGAGUUAUAAUGAUGGCUACGACUUUGAUCAUUGUAUGUGCUAUAUGAAGUCUACUCUUAGGAAUUUCGAUAAUAUUAUAACAUUAGUAGAAUGUGAUGAUUGGUCUGAGGAUUAUCACUAUUGCUUAUUUACCUCAAUUUAUUUAUCCGGUGGCGUCCCUUACAUGCGGUUGAUUGGAGCUUGCUAUUAUGAAAAAGUGAUUAUAGGAUAUUCUGAAGAAAUUCAGUUGAAAACGGAAUUCUCUGGCCUGUUUGAGACUGCCUGGAGAAAACAUGGUGGUGAAUAUCGGAUAAUUCCCUGUUUCGCAUCAGACGACCCUCUUAAGAAUAGGACACACUUCCAACUUCCAACCUUAUACAAUUGCGGUUUUGAUGAUGAUUUCUUUGAGAAGUACGGCAAAGACUUUCCUUCGAGAACACUCUUAGAUGCUUACGACAUAUUAUAUGGAACUGAUGAUCUCAAAGGCAUCGUGGACAAAUUCGGUGAUGUAGAUACUAAUGACGCUUUCGAAGACUUUGGAAAACGAUUUGCCAAUGAUGAGUCUGAAACAGAAUAUUUUACUAAAAUCGCAAGAGAGUGCGCUAUGAAUAACAGCAGGUUUACUCGUGCUCGAGCUCUCGUGGAUAGACAUCAUUUGGAGAACUACGGAGAAGAGAUCUUUAGCGAAUUUCGAAGAAAUGUUUUGAAGCACGCUCAAACGCUUCCAUCAGUGGAACGACGAGUCAAGAUUGAGAAAGAGCUUAAUGUUUUCAGUAAACGUUCAUUCAGUCUCCCAAUGCAGAAGUCUUAUCGCUAUAAGUACUGGAAUAUCAUUAAGAAAUACUGUGCUACGAAGUCCAAACCGCCCUCUACAUUCUCAUAUACUGGCAUGUCGGCAGGACGAUUCCCUGCCGACUGUCUCAUUCCUUAA